ACUUUGUCUUCUACCAUUGCCUUGAGCGUUAUUAGCCACACAACUUGCGCCUGUCGCCCUUUGACACAUCGAGCAAUCAAAUCCGUCCCAACCAUCGACAAAAUGACCACCACCACCAUGCAUUUCGGUCCUGAGUGGAUGCGCACGAAGCAAGCACCUUCGCGCGCGAAUCCCUCACCGCCAUUGACGACCCCUACCGCGACAGCAGUGUCCUCCUACUCUGCUCUCGUCACUCCCGCCACGCAGGCCCUGCCUGAGAAGCGCGACCACGCGCGCCCGUUUCGCUACUCCAAGGAGGAUUUAGUCAGGAUUUACAGAGAGGGUGGCGGGAAGGGUGGGCUUGGCCUUGAAGUCGAGCGGUGGGAGGGCAUCGUCAGAGAGCUCGGAGCAGACCCUAUUUCACUCAAGGAGAUGGGCGAGCCAGAGAAGAAGCUCUUCGCUGGCCCGCUGAAUUCUGAGAUGCGCCGUCGCCCGUCUGCAGACUAUCUCUCGCUUUCGACUGCGGGUCUCACUGAGCGUCCCAAGCUCAAUCAUAGCACCACAGGUCCGAACAGCCCGCUCAGGGAACGCUUGGGUGGGUACAUGGGGCGCAGACGAGAAAAUAGCACAGAUCAACCUCCCUUGACUCUACCGCGAAAGCUCUCCCAAUCUUCUAUCCACGCGCCUUUGCUCUCUCCACGUGAGGCCCUUCCUUCACCCCGAACUCGCAUUCCGGGUGCUGCAGGCAUUGAUGGAGUCCUAAGCGACUCCUGGUCGAUUAGAAGGCGCACGUCUGAGGGGUUGCUAAAGGCCGGGGGGCGUGCAGGAGACCUGAAUGAGAACCAGGAUAAUUCGCAGGCCACCGGUAUCAAGGAAGAGGAAGAGGAGCACAGGAUUACAGGUCAAAGCGAUGUGGGGGCUGCAAAUGGAGAUGAGAAUGCUCCCCCGAACGACCUGCCUCCAAAGAGCCUGCUGGCUGGCUCUGGCGAGGCUCAAGCGAACGCAGAUAUCGUAAGCGCCAGUGUUGGGAAGCUGUCCUUGAACACCCAGGGAGUCGAGAUGAAUGCUGGAAACGCUGUCUCGCAAACAAUUCUUGAGAACACGCCUGCUGGUCCUCCGCCUGGGAUUGUGGAUUUGAACACGGUGGAGUGGUCUUACCUCGACCCGCAGGGUCAAGUGCAAGGCCCGUUCCCUGCUGCAACCAUGCAAAAGUGGUAUGAUGACGGAUACUUCCAACCGAGCUUGUUGAUGAAGCGCAUCCACCUCGAUCAAGAUUGGAUCUCUGUCGCUGAACUACUCCAGCGUGCAGGCAACCCGCGUAUCUUCUUGGCUCCCCUUGCGAACGUUCCUCCCGGCUUGCCUCGCCGUGACCCGCUCUUGGAUGGUCCUGCACCUGAUGGCACAUUUAGUCCGCCCUUCCAACCUGUGCCUGCUCGCUUGCGUACUACAGCUAUGGAUCCUUAUUUGCACAAUGGCUCUCUUGCUCCGGAUUCUCCCUCUUCAUCUUUCAGUGCUGGACGCUUCAGCAACAGCUCACCAGACCCCUCUGCUUUCGGUAACAGGCUCGCCGGUCAUCAUUAUACGGAUUCACCAGUUGGUCCUCGGCUCACCGGUCUGGUCGGCACUCCUGUGGAACCGCAACGUCGUGCUACGUUUGAGGAGAGUGUGGACAAUAAUAAUAUGAGCUCAAGGGCACCGUUUGCGAAUUACACGCCGGCGCGAACUGGCUCUAUAGAUGGUCUAGGUUUCCAUCCUACGGGCAAUCAAGGAUCCGAUUCUGCAGUUCCGUUUAGUCCCGUCCAAGGACACGAAAACUCCUUCGGCCAAAAGACCGGGUUCCACGCUGCUCGCGCCUCACAGGGCAGUCCGAUGAUGAAUAACGGCCAGUCCACUCAUAGCCACAACGAUUUUGCCGGCUCUCCCUAUCGCGAAGGUCCAAGACUAUUCGUUCGCGAGUCGUUCGACGCUACUCACAAUGCCAGCGGAUUCGCCAACGGCAGCAUACAUUAUCCCGUCAAUGGUCAGCCGUUUGGUCAGAUACAGGUGCCUUAUACUUCUUCAGCACACGGCUUCUCAGGCAUACCUGAUCGUCAACCGACAACUCCCCUGACCCAGCACACGUUCCAGCAGCCGUUCAUGGGCGCUCUAGUUUCUUCUCCAUGGCCUCCACAAGAUGCAACUGUCCGUCGUCCGGGCCCGUUCGACUCCGAAUUCACUGCACGCACUGCCGUUCCUUCGCAGCGCACUGUCACUCCUUCACAAUCUCACGCUUCACAUGUUCCCGCUCAAGCAAACCCGGUGGUGAAUGAUCAAUCACCCUGGGUUGUCGCUAGCCAAGGUGUUGUUACAGAAGGUUGGACAUCGGACAGCCUCACUGCCGCAAAUUUGGGCCAACACAACAGGCAGCAGGAGGAAGAAGCUCGUCAACAAGAGACACAGCAGCUGCCUGUUUCCGUCUCUGAGAGUCCAGUCGCUGAGGAGCAGGCUGCUCCCGAGGCUGUUACGCAGCCGGAAGCUGAGUCUGCCACUGCACCAACGCCUGAGCCCUCUUCUCAGAAGAAGCAGCGCCGUAAGGUCAGCGAUCAAGUCGCGGCCGCGUCUGCACCUCAAUCUGCGGUAAUCAAGCCCGCUGCUCCCACGUCUGCUGCGGCUCCUGUGGUAAAAUCCCCGACGCCUCCUCCUGCUCAGUCUACUGAGCAAUCCAAACCUGUCUGGGGUACUGUUGACGAUGACAAGAAGAAAGCCGCCCCCACCCUUGGUCUUCGUGAAAUCCAAGAGAUGGAGGCCAAGAAGCUUGAGGUGCGCAAGGCUGCUGAACGCGAGCGCGAACGUGCAGCUCGUGUAGCAGCUUCGCCCAUCUUAACUGAGGAUGUCCAGACACUCUCCUGGGGUCUACCCACCUCUCAGGUCAGCUCUCGUACCACAGCCACAGCUAAGGAGCCGAUCGCACCGCAGGCUUCUACCUCUCCCUCCACUCCUAACGCACCUGUAUGGACCAACGCAGCGAAGGUUCCUGCCGUCAAGAAGACAAUGAAAGAGAUCCAGGAGGAGGAGGAGCGCCGCAAGAAACUGGCGAGCAAGGAGAAAGAGACUGUCGCCGCUGCCGCUCGGCGGGCUUACGCAGAGACGACCACUAAGGCUUCCACCCCGGUUCAAACUGGUGGUGCAUGGACGACUGUAGGAGCAGGUGGUAAACUCAACUUGGCCACGGCGACUCCCCCGGCGCGCCCGACGGUCACCACUAUCACAUCUACGAAGACGGUCCCCAGUGUAGCCCCAACUUCCGCCGUUUCGGCUGCCUCCGUGCUAGCACGUAACGCUAGCACGCCCGCGUCUGCGAGGUCGCCUGUCAUCACCACGUCUGUCAAGCUUGCGCCUGCUGCACCAAAGGACGAGCCUCCUGCAGCUCCUUCGCUCGAGUUCAUGAAAUGGAUGACUGAUUCGUUGAAAGGCCUAAACAGUUCUGUCAACUUGGAAGAAAUUGCGUCCAUGCUUCUUUCCUUCCCCCUCGACCCCGAUCCCUCCACUGUUGAGAUCAUCUCGGACCUCAUUUACGCCAAUAGCACGACGCUCGACGGCCGGCGCUUUGCGUCCGAGUUCGUGAGCAAGCGCAAGACAGAUGCGAAGGGACUUGCGACGUCUGCGUCCGUCGGCAAGCCACUCUCGAUAGCGGACGUUGUCAAGACACAGCCGAAGCCCACGCAGAACGAGUGGGGUGGUUUCAAGGUUGUCAAUAAGAAAAAGAAGGCUGGCCGUACGUGAACGGCGGGCAGUACAGUGGUGGACAAUCGCUGGCGUGUUCGUGCUCAAGUACAUUUAAUGAUACCUUUAUGCCGCUACUAGUCAACUCACACUGUUGUAAUCAUAAUAUCAUUGCGACGCCGCAUGCAUACACCUCCCUGGUACGACAAGUCACGCUGCGGGGGCCGG